CGCAUGAAAAACUGACGUCAAUUUGUUAACUUGUGGGUGAUGUAACUGAAUCUUUACUAGAUUAUUUUUGAAAAUAAACCGGGUUGGACUACUGACGCAUUUUGGUUUGGCUUUGCGAACAAUAAAUUAAGAACAGCAGCAAUAUGACCGUACAAGGCUUUCUCGAAGGCCCGAUUGUUAGCUGUUCAUGAAAGAGGAUGCUCUCCACUCUCGUGCUGUGUCCUGCCUCUCGCGCGACGUUUUGUAACCAGGUCUAUCACAUAUUUCUGGCAGGAAAAGGAUUGAAAAUCGAAGAUGCCUCAACUGAAGCGUGUUUGUGUGAUUGGAGCUGGACCCAGUGGCAUGUCAGUGUUGUAUCAUUUCAAUAAACUGAAGACACAAGGAAAAGAAAUUCCAGAAAUAGCGUGCUUUGACAAGCAAUCAGACUGGGGAGGACUCUGGAAAUACUCCUGGGAGACUGACACUGAUCAAUAUGGCGAACCUGUUCAUGGAAGUAUGUACCAAGGAUUGUGGUCCAAUGGUCCUAAGGAAGGUUUGGAAUAUCCCGACUAUACCUUUGACGAGCAUUUUGGGAAACCAAUUUCAUCCUACCAGCCUCGGGAAGUGCUGUACGAUUACCUGAAAGGUCGAUGGUCCAAAAAUAAUCUUCGUCCUUGGAUUUCCUUCAACCAUGUUGUCCGUCAUGUGACCUACAACGACGCCACCGACGAUUUCUCAGUGGUUGUGAAAAACCUUUCCGAAGACCGGGUGCUUCCUGUUCAAACGUUUGAUAAUGUCAUCGUUGCAACUGGGCACUUCUCUGUUCCCAACAUCCCUUCAUUUCCUGGAAUAGACAAGUUCUCUGGCCGGGUUUUACACUCGCACUCUUUCCGGAAUGCCUCUCACUUUAAGGACAAGAACGUUCUCGCGGUAGGCUCAAGCUUAUCUGCAGAAGACAUCGCCAUCCAGUGUCUCAAGUAUGGUGCGAAAAGCAUCGUUUGCACUUGGCAAACAAAGCCCACGGGUUUUCCUUUUCCCCCUGAGAUAACAGAAAGACCCCUGUUGACCAGGAUCGAAGGUAGCACAAUCCAUUUCAAAGACGGCUCCUCAACAGAAGUUGACGACAUCAUUUUGUGCACAGGGUAUCGUUAUUCCUUCCCGUUUCUUGAAGAUGAUCUGCGCCUGAAGACCGUUCUUAACCUGUACCUCAUGGGACUCUACAAGGGCAUUUGCUGGACCCAGGGAGGAAACAGCAAGCUUCUGUACGUGGGAAUGCAGGCUCAAUACUAUACCUUCAUCAUGUUCGAUGUACAAGCCAAAUGGGCGGUGGAUUACAUCACAGGAAAGCUUUCCCUUCCAGACAAGCAAACCAUGGAGAGUGACUGCCAGAAAUGGCUUGCCAGAAUGUGUCCUUUAAAGGAUCAUCACGACAACAUUGAUUACCAAACUGCUUACGUUGCUGAUCUUGUUAAAGAAUCAAACUAUGGCUUCGACUUGGAUUGCUCAGAAUUACAACACGCGUGGUACAAAUCCAAAACGGUGAACAUCACGACUUACAGAGAUCAGCGCUACACAAGCAAGUUCACCGGAACUAAGGCACGAGCUCAUCAUCCACCAUUUAUGAAAGCAUUUGAUGAUUCCAUGCAGACUUAUCUCAACGCCUGCGAAUAAAAAUGGCCUUUUAUAAGUACUUUUUGAAAGUACUCUCCGCAGUAGUUUCCGCAGCUUAUGCUGUUCAGCCGGCAUUUCUCUGUAACAAUUUUUAACCUUUUUACAACUUUGCCGGAAAUGAUUAGGUACACGAAAUCUGCUCCACUUUCUUCCAAAUCAGGAGACAACAAAGCUCAACAUGAAGUGAGCUUGGUUAACUAAAGGAAAAUUGUAAACCCCGUGGUAAUGUAUGAUGAUGUAGUUAGUGAGUUUAAAAUUCAAUAAAAUUAACAUGGAGCACUGGU